CCCACACCCACACCCUAUACAACAAAAAAAAAGAAGGGAGUGUUUUGUAUCGACUGACAAUUCUCUCAUUGAUGUUUUAGUAUGAAGGAAGCCAAUAUAGAGAAUUGAUCUAAAGUGUUUUUUUGAACAUUAAUUAUACAAUAAUUUGCUUCAUUUUAGUUUCAAUAUAUUAAAAAUUAUUCAAACGAACAACAACAACAAAAGGUAUAUAAAUUUUUAUUUCUUUCAAAUUCUUUCUUUUUUUCUUGUCUGUAUGUUUCAAUUUUUGUUUGCAUAUACAUACAUCAUUUCUUUUGUUGUUUUGAUUUAUUUAUCAAGAGAAAAGACGAGAGAAAGAGAGAAAAAAAAAAGGAAAAAUGAAUGAAGUAAGAUGUUCGUGAUUGUCAAGGUUGGUUUAUAUUUAUUUUCUUUGAGGUUUUGAAUAAUCAUGAUCAUAAUAUUAAAUUAGUAAAACAAACAGAUAGAAUAACUGGAUCGAAGAAAAACUUAUUACCAAUCAACAUUCAUCAUCACAAGAAGUAUAAAAAUUUAUUUAUUAAGAAAUAGAAAAUUAUUAUUAUUAUUAUUAUUAUUAUUAUUCUUACAUAAUAGAUUAUAAAUGAAUAUCAUGAAGAAUUAAGAAUAAAUUUAAAAAAAAAAUACAAAUAGAAUGGAAAAUAUUAUUCAACAAAAUCCAAUUUUAUCUCAAUCGAAUCAAGAUUCACGAUUAAAUCGUUCAUUAGAAACAAGUCAAGUUGUUGCGGUUGCUGCAUCUAUUAAUUUAAAAAAUCUUCUUUCUUAUCAAGAUGUUAUGAAUGCAAUUGAACGUGAUCAUCAUUUACAUGAAGGACAAGAACGUGAAAUAAUUAUGAAAUUAUGGUUAAAAGGACAAACAAUGAUUGCAAUUUUACAACGUUUUAGAUAUUUAUUACAAGAUCUUAAUAUAGAUGAUAAAGAUUUUUCUGAAGGAUUAAAACAAAUACGUGAAAAACUAAAUUAUGCUCAUCGUGACGUAUAUUAUCUUCAAGAAAAAAAUCUUAUACUUGAAAAUCAAAAUCAUUUUCUUGAAAAUGAAUUUAAACGACAAUUAGAUAAAAUAGUUGAAGAAAAAAAUGAACAUAUUAAUCGACUUAUACAUAUUAUUGAUCAAACAUAUACACGAUCAACUCAAAUAAAUAAUCAUAUUAAUGAUGAAUAUUAUUCAUCAAGUAAAUAA